CGGCGCUUUCGUGCGCGACGUCCGCGGCGCCGGGGAAAAUGGCGGCCGCCGCCGCAAUGGCCGCCCUGGGCCGGCGCCUCACGGGUGUGCUGCGGCUCGCAGGAGCGCGGCCGGGCUGGGCGGCUGCCGGCCUCCCCGGAUUAACACGGAACCUAUUCCACAAGAACCUGGCAAAAGUUGAGCCCCCCCAUCAGUUGAAGUUUCUGCAUACUACUCUGUCUCGGAAUGGUCUGGAGGAGUUUUUUGAUGAUCCAAAAAACUGGGGAGAAAAAACAGUAAAGUCUGGGGAUGCAUGGAAUAUAAAACAGCUAAGGGCCAAGAGUAGCGAAGACUUGCACAAACUUUGGUAUGUCCUACUGAAGGAAAAAAACAUGCUUUUGACUUUAGAACAAGAAUCAAAGAGACAGCAAAAGCCCAUGCCAAGCCCAGAACGGUUAGAAAAGGUACAAAAAUCUAUGAAAAAUAUUGACUUGGUAGUCAAAGAAAGAGAAACUGCUUUGAGACUUUUACAAACUGGCCAAGAAAAACCAGUACCUGGCGAGUGGAGAAAUGACUUCUUAGGACGCACCUACUGGUAUACGUACAAGGAAUGGCCAAUACCAUGGUACCUGAACAAAAAAUACAAGAAGAGGAGAUUCUUCUACUUACCUCAUGUGAAUCACUUCAUCAGGCUCAGACUUGAAAAAUAUUUACAUGCAAGGGCAAGACAACAAAACCUAGAGAAGAAGAGGCAGAAGGUCUUACAGAUGAAGUUUCCUCAUCUUGCUGUAAAAUCUCAGAGCCAAUAAUGUUUUCAAAGUGAGCUGCAAGCACUUGGUUGAGCGUCUUUGACUGGAACAUGGGAGCAAGUUCUGAAACCAGUGGACAACUUGACUGACUGUUCCUGAUGGUUUUCCAUCUUUAUUUUAUCCCACAUUUGGACCUAAAUUAAAUUUGUGAUUUGAAAUUAAAGAGCAGCUUUAGUAUGUAACUCAAA